AUGAUUUAUAAAAAAAAUUCUAAAAUGAUGCUUUUAAUAUAUUAUUAUAUUUGGUUUUCCGUACUAUGUAUUUCGAACGUUUGGAGUGAAAUCACAUCUCAUUCCAACAACAACACCAUUCAUAAAGAUUAUGACGUUACUACAAUUUACAGAAUGAUGAAUGCGUUUACCAGACCCAUUAAAAGUGUUGGAUUCAAAGACCCUGAUUUUUAUAAGAUAUAUUCAAAAAAUAGCUAUUCAAUUGAAAUACAUUCAAGAACAAAUGCCAUCGGAUUACCAAUUACCGCAGAAGUAAAUUCUUCACAAAAGAAAUGGUCAAGUCAGUCAAUUUCACUAAUUAAUAAGUCAGUGUUCUUCAAAUCUGGAUUAUCUCAGAAUAAUAGUCGUAUAAAGGUUGAUUAUGUUCUUAAAUCUUGGCAAAUAAAAUCUAUUCCAUUGAUUGGUGUAAAUGGACCGGCAACGUAUGACUGUAAUUAUGGACACAAUUCUCACGAAGAUAAAUAUCAAUGUGUCAACGCUUCCGAAUACAGAUAUGAAAUUGACACUAUACCUGUACACAAAAGUAAUGAUUAUAAUACAAUAUUUUCGGUAAUUUGGACAUCCGACCAUGGCCGAGCGGGUUUAUCAAUCACAUACAUACACACACCGCCGUCCAAAAUGGAUAUCUUCUUGAAUAUAGCCUAUGCAAAUAAUGGUACAUUAAUAAGUUUUACCAAACUAUUAAAAUUUGAAGAUGUUAAAACAAUAACAUUUAAUGAUAUUGGUUUCAUGAAAAAUCAAGAAUAUAUAUUCACGUUAAAAAUGAAAAUGAAUAGUGAUUACUAUAGUCGAGGACGCUAUAAUUAUGUUUAUAGUGGAUUUUGGUUUGGACUUAUACGGAUUGCCGAAUCUUCAAAUUAUGAUGAAGAAGAUGUUCGAGUUGUGUAUGAUUUUGAAGACGAAACAAAGCCAUUCAACGUACUUGGAAACUAUAAAACAUAUAAUGCAAGCGAGAGUAUGAAACAGAAAUCGGAAUGUUUAAAUGGCGGAUACAGUGUACCUCCAAUGAAUAAUUGUACUUGCCCUCCUGGAUUUAUUGGAGAACUAUGUGAAACAGCAUGUGGUCCAAAUUCUUACGGAUUCGAUUGUAAAGGCGUUUGUUCUAUGCAUUCAGCAGAAAUGUGUCGUGGUAUGUACAUGUGUACGAAAUUCGGAUGUACUUGUCCGACGGGUUUCACUGGUCCGUUGUGUAAUAGAGAAUGCGAAACAGGUAAAUUUGGCGCCGAUUGCAAUCAAUAUUGUUCGUCGAAUUGUUACGAUAGAAAGUGUGAUCGAUACACGGGUCUUUGUUCACAUGGAUGCUCACCACAAUAUGUACUACCACAUUGUUUACAAAAAUAUCCAUACCUCAUUAAUCCACCUAAACUACUAUCAACCGAAUACGAGUCAAUAGAAAUAGAAUGUGAUUUUCAAUCGUCUAACGUUAUGGGUGAAGAUAAAAAUAUUAAGUUGAAAUAUUAUCAGAUAGUUUAUAAGGCGCUAAAAGAAGAUCAAUUUAUUAACUCUGAUAUCAAACCCAUUAUUGAAAAUAGUAAUGAAACCAAAGAAACUUUAAGUGGUUUAGAACCGGACACCAUAUAUUUAGUUGGCGUUCUGUUAAUAACAGAUGAUGGCAAUUUUAAUGACCAAGAUAUAGUAUAUGGUAAUUUUAAGACGUCGUGCAUACCACCAAACAUUGAAGAUUUUAAUGUAACACUUGUAAGAGGAAUUAAAAGUAUCAACGUAUCAUGGAACAAAACAACUACUUCUAUUAACCGGUUUGAAUGCAAUAUUAUUGAAUAUUUAUUGGUGUUGUCGUACAAUCAGUCACAGAACCAAGUAUCUGGUGUACAGAAAAUAAGAUCAAAUUCAGUUAAUGGUCACUAUAUCUACGACCUUAUACCUGGCUAUCAGUAUAACAUACAAUUAAUUCUAAAUACAACUCAAGGACAAUUAUUUCCAUCGCCUAUUUAUUCAGCAGCUCCACUUCCAGGAAUUGAAUUCAAAAUUAAGGAUAUUUCCACGAUCAAUGAAAACAGAAAGAUCAAAGUAUCCUGGAAAUUAGGAUAUAUGUAUGAACGUUAUAAUGCUGCGGUAAAAUCAGUAAUAAACGAACCAGUCACGUGUACUAUACGAUACAAAAUCAACCGAAUUCUCAGUUGUACUUUGCAAGAAUUAGAAAACAGUUGGAUGUCCGUUAUAAUUUCUAAUCAAACCAGCUAUGAAAUAUUAGACGUAGUACCUAAUUCGCAAUACUUAAUACAAAUUAUUACUGGUGACGACAGUCAAAUGAUAUACACAUUAACGCCAACGUCAAAACCAACCGUAGCCCCAACUAUUGAUCCAGAGAACCCACUGUACAUAACAAAUAGUUCCGUGUUCGUUCAAUGGAAAUUUGAUUUUAUUAACUGCUCUAAACUGAAUGGAUUCUUUUCAAAAUACUUCGUGGAAUUAAAGGAGAAGAGUAAUAAUAAUUUACAAGUAAAAGAAACGAAACAAAAUAAUAUUUCGUUUGAAGACCUCAAAUCAAACACUGCCUAUGAAUUGAAAGCAUUUAUCAAAAACCAUAUUGGAUAUAGUCUUGAACAUUUUCUAUCUAUAAACUUUACGACUAGAUUUGGGAUUUUAGGACAAGUGGACGAUUUAAUGGUGUACAAAAAAGCUAUGAAGAAUAAAGUGGUUGGACUUCGUUGGAACUAUCCAGAUGAUUCAAGUUUAGAUGGAUUUAUAAUUUCAUAUGAUGAUAUCUCAUUUAUUGGACACGAAAAAAAUGUUACUAUUGUUCCACCAAGGAAGUGUUCAGCUUGGCCAGAAUAUUUCUGUCAUACAUUUUAUGAUUUGAGUUCUAGUAAAAAUGUUACGUUUAAAGUUCAGGCCAAGUCAAUAGAUUAUCCAGGAGGUGGUUUAUCUGCGUCUAUAAAUUUCACCAACAUUGAUGGGAUACCCGAUCCUCCAAGUAAUGUGAAAAUUAUCGAUAUUGGAAAAACAUACUUUACUCUUCAGUGGGAUAUUCCAUGGGUAUUCAACAGCGUAUUGAAAAUGUUUGUAAUUAAUAUUGAAGAAAUAUCAAAAGUGGAUAUGAGCCAGUGUUGUGUUAACAUUAUGCCGACAGAAAUUGCAUUCGAUGAAGAAUUGCCAUCUUACAACUAUACGCUAACGGGGCUACAACCAGGCUCAACAUAUUCAGUUGGGGUGUUAUCAGUAUCAAAAUCGUUGUGGUACAGUUCUCCAGCAAAAGUUCAUGAUGUUACAACACUUUUAGAUGCAUAA